AUGAGCAAUCGGGCGGUGGCUGUUUUGAGGGGAGAUGUCGGCGUUGAAGGAGUUGUUUGGUUUAAACAGGAUCAUGAAAAUGAGCCAGUGAAAAUCGAGGGCUCAAUCUCGGGGCUAAGUCCGGGAAAACAUGGAUUCCACGUGCACGUAUAUGGAGACUCAACGAAAGGCUGUGAAUCAGCCGGCCCACAUUUCAAUCCAUUCAAUAAAACGCAUGGAUCACAAGAGGAUGAAAAUCGUCAUGUUGGUGAUCUUGGCAACGUGGAGGCGAAUGAGAAUGGUUAUGCAAAGUUUGUGAUCACUGACAAUAUGAUCAAACUUCAUGGACCAAAUUCAGUCAUUGGACGAUCGAUGGUGGUGCACGUAGGGGAAGAUGAUUUGGGAAAAGGCCAAGGUGAGAAAGCGGAGGAAUCGCUGAAGACGGGGAAUGCGGGAGCGCGAGCCGCUUGUGGUGUCAUCGCUCUGGCUGCACCACAAGAU